AUGACACUGGUGGUUUUCAGUGUUCCGGUGUUGCUUUUGGUUGGACGAAAGAAACACUUGCGAUCUUUUACUCUUUAUCAAAUGCCCAGACAUUGCAAUUCUCUUGUCAACCUUGAACUUUUUCAUGUAAAGUUUGGAAGAACUGAAGGUGGGAUAACAAAGUUGCUCAAUGCCCACCAAUCUUCCUCUGUUAGGCCAAGUCAUCAACUCCACAUGCUGGAUGCUGUUCACGAAGUUGCCGUUUACAUUCAUAGGUUUCACAAUCUCGACCUUUUCGAACAAGGAUGGUAUAGAAUCAAGGUUACUAUGAGAUGGGAGGACGAUGAUGACUCUUAUCCCGGGAUUCCUGCACGGGGGAAAUCUUCUGCUGUUAUCUUGAAGUUUGAGCUCUUUCACACUCCAACACCUGAAAUGGGGCCUGAGUUACAAAGUUCAUUGGAUGCUUGUGCAGCUUCAGUUCAUGAGUAUAGAAUCCCUCCUAAAGCUCUUUCGGGAUUGCAUUCAUACUGUCCUGUAUAUUUUGAUGUUUUCCACACUGUCCUUGUUGAUACUAGUGUUCAUAUCAGUCUACUAAAAUCUGGUUAUCUUACACCACAACUGAAGGCUGCGCUGAUCAAAGCAUUGAUGGCUGCACAUGAUAUCCUGCUUGAUGACCUAUUAAGAAUAAGCAGAGGAAUUAACCAAGCUAUUGACUUGGGUGGACUUACUUUUGAAUCAGAUGUUACUAAGUCGUUAAAUUCUCCUUCUCCUGCUCAUGAAAAAAGUACUGCUGAUGAGACAUCACUUCAAGUACCUGAUGGGACACAAGCUGAGGUUCUUAAUUCUGGCAAAUUUUGGGAUGAUAUGCUAUACUCCUUCGAGUCUAUUGGAAACCAGCUCUUAUGCCUCUGGAAUACAUUUCUGAAAUUCCACAGGGAAAAUAAAACAAAGAUACUGGAAUUUCUCCGGAACUCAUGGGCUAAUGAUCGAAGAAAUGAGUGGUCAAUAUGGAUGAUGUAUUCCAAGGUUGAUAUGCCUCACCAGUACAUGAGUAAUGGAGUUGAAGGGACAUCAUUGUACCGUAGCUUACGUGGUAGAUCGUCAAAUACAAGGAGAUUUAAUGAUGAUAUCAACAAUCGAUCACUUCAAGACAUGUAUAUAUAUGAUGAUCCUAUGCGUGUUCCUAUUAUUAUUGUAGAACGCUUGGAGAACAUGUACCGUUCUGCCAGUGUGAAGUCAUAUUUCCUUCCUUUUGAGGACAAAGAUAGUCAUAUCCUGGAAAAUGGAUCUAGAGACAUAAUCAAGUUGCCUGGGAAUAACUUACAACAAAAUGAACAUUACACCCUUUGCCACUCAAACAAACAGGGACAUCAUUUAGAUUUACGUCUUAUUCGGAACCAGUGGCUUUUAUUAGACCCCAAAAUACAGGUUCUUAUGUCAGAGUCAAACGAAGACAAAACAUCUGGAGACUUUAGAGAAAUGGGAUUACGGCUUGCUCAGGAAGUGACCUCUUUUCUGAAAAAGAAGAUGGAUAGAGGUUCAAGAGUUGGAAACUUCAAGGAUAUUAAGCUUAGCUUUGUUGGUCAUUCUAUUGGGAAUCUCAUCGUCAGAGCUGCUUUGGCAGAAAGUAUCAUGGAGCCAUAUCUAAGAUAUUUGUAUACAUAUGUUUCUAUAUCUGGUCCGCACUUGGGUUAUAUGUAUAGUUCGAAUUCUCUAUUCAAUUCAGGAUUGUGGCUCUUGAAGAAGAUCAAGGGCACACAAUGCAUCCACCAACUAACUUUCACUGAUGCUCAUGAUCUUGAGAACACCUUCAUCUACAAUCUCUCAAAGAAGGGAAGGCUGCAGAAAGGUGGUCAUCUGAAGCUUUCUGUUCAAUUCAGGAUUAGAGCUAGGGAUAUGUUUUCUAUUUUUAUGAGCUUUUGGUUGUCAAAAUAUAAUACUGUUCAUUAUCUUGUAUUACAGAAGAAAACACUGACAAACUUCAAGAAUGUAGUUCUUUUAUCCUCACCUCAGGAUGGUUAUGUUCCAUAUCAUUCUGCCAGAAUAGAACUGUGUCCAGCAGCUACGUUGGACUUUUCUAAACAGGGAAAAGUGUUUCUGGAGAUGUUAAAUAAUUGCCUGGACCAAAUGAGAACUAACUCUGAUCAUCGUGUUGUCAUGCGCUGUGACAUUAACUUCGGAACCUCCUACUAUGGCAAGAGGAGCUUCAACACACUUAUUGGACGAGCUGCUCAUAUUGAAUUUUUGGAGUAUGGCAAUGCAAUUAUUUUUUGCAUUGGAAUUGGCAUGCACAACCAACAGCAUGUGUAG